CCAAGUUGGGUGCACUCGGAGGUAUCAGUUCAAAGCGCGACUUCGUUGAGUUCGGUUGUGUCGUUCCGCCAAAAGUCCAUCCCACGCCGAGGAGCAUCUCUGCAGACGCGCGAUAUUUUGAAGUUGUGUCUGAAGCAAGGACUGUGUGAAUUUGUGUGUGUUGAUGGCAUGCCAGUGCCAGAAGCGGAAUAUAUAUUGUAUAAUAAUUUAUGCGAACCAAUUUGGUUCCAGUGUGUGAGUGGUCUUGACUUUGUUUGGAGCACUGGAACCGAGCUGCAAGCUGCACACUGCACUCGCACUCGGCUGCUGUCUCUGACAUUUGAUCUUUGCAAAGAUCACAUCGUUCCGUAGCUCGCACCCAACGCCUCGAAACUCGCAUUGCAUUGCAUCGGAUGUGUGACCAUAUGGAAUAUACUUUAUCCACCUACCACCUACAGCGGCAAUUAGUUUGCUCAGUUUAAGACUGAGACUGCAACGGUGACUGCAACGGCGACACGGGCGAAGUUGUAAGCUCUCCAAAAAUACGUACGAGUAUCACCAUCAUUCAACACCAACGAAACUCCGGAGAGAACGAUCAUCGAAAUGUUCACGCAAGCGAUCCCAAAGUAUUCGCGACUCUUGGCCCUGGCUUUGUUCUGCGCAACGUUAUUUUUGGGCAGUGAGGCCCAAAAUGCAUUCCAGACCAUAAAUCCUGCCUCACAACUCACGGAGAAAACUUUCUUCUCGUGCACGGGUCGUCCGGCUGGCUACUACGCGGACGUGGAGUCGGGCUGCCAGGUGUACCACAUGUGCGAUGGCCUGGGCCGCCAGUUCAGCUACACGUGCCCCAACACGACGCUCUUCCAGCAGCGCAUGCUCAUCUGCGAUCACUGGUACAUGGUGAACUGCUCCAAGGCGGAGAGCAACUAUGCCGCCAAUCUGCUAAUUGGUCAGCGCGACAAACCCUUUGUGAACGAUGAGGAGAAUAGUCUGAGAACGCCACGACCCGACCUCCUGGACCGUCCCUAUGCUCCGGACUAUUCGGGCGAGUCCUUUAGAAGUCAAUACAAACAACUAACUCCCAAUCAGAAUCAAAUCCGCGAUGAAUCCUCGAAGGGUGCCAAUGGCGGAGCUGGAAAAUAUGAUCCACAAAUUUCGACACAGACGCGCUGGCGCAUUCCUCCGCCCAGUCGUACCAUCCAGCCGCCGGCCUACGAGCCACAGAUCGAGCUGCCAAGCAGCACAGCGAAGCCAAGGAUCACCACGAUCACCAGUCGAGCCACCACCACCAGUCGUCCCACCACCACCAGUCGAGCCACCACCAGGACGACAACCACAACAACUCGUAGACCUGCCAUUGUGAGCGUGGCCACAAAACGCACAGAGGCACUGCACACGCGCAGGCCUACUGUCCUGGCAGUGGAGCAGGACAUGGAGGAUCUGGGAACCAGUCACAGCACACGGUACAACACCUCUGCGGACUUUAAUUCGGUGGAGGGACCACUGAGGGCCACAAAGAACACCAGCACGAAGCUGGUGAAGUUCGUAAAGCCGCCAUCGAAGAUCUACGAGCCGCCGUUCCUAUACCCCAUUUACAACCAGGACGACGAGCCAAAACAACCAGCUGCCAGUGGACCGGGGACACUUCGCUCCUCCACAGCAGCACCAUUCAGUCCGAGUGUCAGCCGGAUACACAUCAGCGAGGCCACCACCACUGCACGUCCCCAGAGCCGGCCCACAACCUUGGCGGGUUCGCCCUUCUCCUUUGCCUCGCCACCCACGACGACGAGCACGCCAGCAGCUCCUCCAAGGAACGAGAACCGAACGCCGGCACCAGCACAGAGUUUCCGCCUGGCCACUGGCUCAUCCGUGCCCACCGCUGCACCGCCAGCACAGCAGAAGCUGACUCUGCCUUUCAAUGAUUUGUUGCCUCCAUUUGUGGACUUUGUGCCCCAUGACAUAGCCACCACGCAGGGUCCGCCCAUCUACUACGAGUGGAAAGUGCCCUCGAAUGGCUUGGAACCCCCAAAGCUCGAUCCUCCAAUCGGUGUAGAUGGACGUGAGUAUCCCGAGACGACUGGCGACUACGGCGUCGUCAAGGGCAAGACGGACAUAUUCAACACCAGGCUGAACGACAUUGGCAGCCAUCCGCAGAAGCCAGCAGGUCCAGUGCAGGUCCAGGUGCCGGUGCAGCAAUCGAGCACCAGCAGACGCUUGCCCACCUCAAGGUCGAUCAAGACCACGGAGAAGUACGAUCAGGCACAGCGUCGCUCGGAUGUGGUGGGAAGUUCCACGGAUAUAACAACGCUACGAAAGCAGCUGCUCAUUCCGGAGUACGCCUUUCCCCUGGAGACGAUCGGGCGGACGGGCUACGGUCCUGGCGCCGGUCUCGGUGUCGGCGCCAGUUCCAGCUCCAGCACAGGAGACGUGUACAAUUCCUUUCAGUUAAAGAUCCCCGAGCAUCGCAGCGGAUCGGGCAGCAGUUCCAUCAAGUGGUUCGGCGAGAAUCCCAAGUGUCCGGAGUGCCAUCCGUCGUUCGUCCUCCCGGGCACCUGCGAGCCAUGUCUGAGGAGAUAGUCCAGCUCUGCAUAGGUUCCCACUUAUCCAUUAACCGCAUUCCAUUAUCCGCAUCCGAAUCUACACCUGCAUCUGCUCCUAGGUCCUAGUAUUAGCCCUUGCUGCCCCAGAGCGAGCCAGAGAGAAGCAUCUUCCACGCAUUUAAAUGUUAAAGUUAUUGUACAUCAGCAGUAAAGACAAUGCAUUAUUGUUUAAUAAUUAAAGUUACGCAAAUUAUUUUGUGAA